AUGCACGGUUUCGAUGGCGGCCGUGCCCGCCUGUGCGUGUCGUGGGCCCUCACCUCCGCUGCUCCCGCCCGCCUGCAGGCCGACUUGCAGGGCCCCCGGCAAGGCUCAGCAUUGCAGGGCAGCAUAGAUCAGUGUGCCGGGGCGCAGCCGGAACACGUACAGGCGGAGAACAGCAGCGUGCCAACCGUCGGCGACGGUGAAGGGGAUGCCGCCGCCUUGCACGGCGCCUGCACAGCAGCCAGCCUGCCGCCUGUAGCAGCAAGCGCCCCGGUGCAGCGUGAGGUGCGCCCAAGCUCGCUACCGCAGCCGCUGGGACAGGGCAUGCGGCCAUCGGUGGCGGGCAGCGGGCCGCGCGCGCCGGUCAGCCCAGACCCCACGCUGCCACCGCAGCUGCAGCGCGUCAGCAGCCAGCCCAGCAGCUCCCAGCCCUCUGGCCUGUCCCACGACUCCGCCACCGCCUCCAUACACAGCUCUCUGGUGGCUGACGAGGCCGGCUCCAGCAGCGGCCCUCCCACGCAUCGCCUGGCAUCGCUCCAGGGCUCUGACGCGGGCGUGCCUCCCAGUGUGGAUGGCAGCCGGCACAGCAGCGAGCUGAGCCGCAUGAGCAGCGUCAGCGGCAUCAGCACCAUCAGCGGCAGCACGGUGAGCAGCAGGGGCAGCAGUGCGGCGCCGGCGGCGGGCGGCGCGCGCAAGAAGCGCUCCAAACGCCCCAAGUCGCCGCCGCCCUCCAUGUUCUGGCACCCCGCACUGAUGCCUGUGCCAGAGGCGCAAAGGGCCGGCAGCGUGCGCAGCCAGCGCAGCAGCCAGAGGAGGAGCUCUGGUUCGUCCGAGGGCAGCAAGGCCCCGGCAUCGCCUCCGGCCACAGCCUUUGCCACCGCCGCAGCAGCAGCGCCCGCGUCGGCCUCGCCAUGCGGCAUGCAGGACAGCGGCCAGCCCAUCCCGCCCACCGCGCAGCCCGGCGGCAGCAGCCCGCCGCUGCCGGACAGCGGCUGCGGCACGCCCGCCUCUGCAGCGGUGUCCCUGCUCAGCCUGCAGCUGCGCGGCACGUCGGCGGCCGGCAGCGCGGCCGCCUCCCGCGACGCAUCGUACCGCAGCAGCAAGAGGCAGCCCAUGGGCGGCCUGUCUCUGGCGCUGUCCCGUGAGAGCUCCGUGCGUGCCGGCUCUGUUCGUAGCACCCGCGAGAACUCAGUUAGGGCGAGCACCCGCGAAAGCUCGGUGCGCGGAGCCAGCGGCAGCCACCAGCACCUCGGCGGCGGCGGCAGCAGCCAGCAGGCGGACCUGGUGCAGACGUCUGCCAGCGGGCAGCGCACGUAUCGGGGGCUGGCGGUGGUGGGCGGCGACGCGGGGGCGGAGGCAGCGGGCUGCGGCAGCGGCGACUGGAUGGGUGUCACUGCCGCGCCUGGCGGGCUGAGCUCCUCGGGCGGACACCCUGCUGGCAUGGCAGAUCCAUUUGGCCCCGGCGCCCCGGCCUGUGCACCUGUGGCGCCCGCCGCUGACGAUGAGGCGGCAGCUCAGCCACACCCGCAGCCGCAGCAGGCGCGCGCUGCUGCUGUCGUGGGCUCAUGGGCGGGGCGUGUCACCAAGUUCCCUCCCGCGCCUCCCGGCAAAGCCCCUGCUCGCAAUGUGCCGCAGAUUGGCGGGCUGGACCCCACGCUGCUCACUGCGGCACUAGAGGCGCUGGCGGCGGAAGCGCCGCACCCGGCUGGCGCCUCCCCUGCGGGCAUGCUUGUGGGCGACUCGGAGCUGGCCAUGACUGGCAGCGCCGAGCAGCCGGCUGGCAGGCAGGACGCGGCGAUGCCGCCGCUGGCGAGCGGAGCCUGGGCUCCCGGCCUCGACGCCAGCGGCGGCCAUCCCACGGCGGUGCCAGCCGCGGCGGCGGUGCCAGGGGUUGGCUCCAGCAGCUGGAGUGCUGGGACGGCGGCGGCGGGCGGCCACCUGCCGCCGCCUGUGCAGCUGGGCGGCAGCGCCCCCGCCAGCGGCCUGAGCCGCCGCAGCAGCACCAACGGCUCGGCAGGCGGCGGCGCGGUCCCGCAGCGUGCCCGCAAGCCGCUGCCCUCUGAUGUGGCUGCCGGCACCAAGGAGUGGAACCGCUCCUUUGUCAAGCGCUGGCGCCUGGUGAAGAAGCGCGCCUACCUGCAGGCUCUGGGCAUGCGCGCGCUGUGGCGUGUUAACAGCCCCUCCGACCGCCACGAGCCGCUGGAGCUGCUCACAAACGACCUGCCGCACUGCGACAACGGCAUGCGCCGCGCGUGGUCGGUCUCACGCCUGGCUGCACACGGCGGCGCCCCGUCUGCCGCCAUGCCCACCUCUGGGCUGCGCCGCACAGCGGAGGCGCCUGUCAUGCACAAGGACCCUUCGCUGGCGGCCCUGCUGCUGGGGGAGGUAGCCGAGGUGUGCUAA